CCUUCUUUCUGCAUUUGACUUCUUCUCUCUUGCUGUUCUUCCUCAUACCUGAGAGACUCUACCUGCACAGGAUGUCGUGGCAGUCGUACAUUGAUAACAUGAAGACACCAGACGCCAGUGGGAAGGCUCCUGUGGAGGAUGCAGCAAUUUGCGGCAUGGACAAGGGAGCGGAGGGUGUGUGGGCCAGCACACCAGGCUUCUCCGGCAUCACAGCAGCAGAGAUCAAGCGGCUGGCGGCAGCAGACAGGAAGGACUUCGGUCAGAACGGGCCUACCAUCGCAGGCAUGAAGUGCAGGUUGAUCCGAGACAACUUGGACACUGACGGAUUGAACUGCCUGGACAUGAAGAGCUCUGCAGACGCUGAUGGAAACGCCUACAACGUCUGCGUUGGCAAGUCAGUCAAAGCACUAGUCAUCGCUAAGGGAACAAAGGAGGCGAACGGCGGCCAGGUUUCUGGGAAAGUGUUUUCGACGGUCGAGCACCUGCGGAAGUCGAACUAUUAAGACAAGAUGGCCGCUGUCCUCCUGCAUCCACCGAACAAGAUGGCUGCCACCCUCAAGAAAGUGGCCACUGUUUUUAGCUUUUUAUAGUUUUGUAUUAUUUUGACCUUCCUUCAGGGAUAAAUAAAUAAAGUGUUUAAACUUUGA